CUUACGUGUGACGUAGAUGGAGUUCAUCCUGUAGUUGCAAAGCGAAGCUGUUAGCUGAAGCUAGCAGCAUUUCUUUUAUUUUGCCACACUUUUACUCAAACGGUUGUCGUGAAUAUUAGUGUUGCUGAGUGGUUCUACGGGACGUUAUCAAACACCAGACUCUUUAACGAGCCAUUUCGCUUACGUUUCUCCUGGAGAAAGACUGCUGAGCCAUGUACAAUGGUAUUGGCCUGACGACUCCUCGGGGCAGCGGCACCAAUGGCUACGUGCAGCGCAACCUGUCGAGCCUGCGGGUCAAGAGGCCCCGAGACGAGCGCGGAGGCGAGCGCGAUGAAAAGGACCGCGAGCGGCUGGAGAGUCAGCUCAACCGGCAGCCCAACGCCGACAUCCUGGAGCACCAGCGCAAGAGGCAGCUGGAGGUCAAAUGCGCCGAGCUGCAGGACAUGAUGGAGGAGCAGGGAUAUUCGGCCGAGGAGAUCGAGGAGAAGGUGAACAGUUUCCGCAUGAUGCUGCAGGAGAAGGAGGAGCCGUCUCCCACUGCCGCUCAGAAACCAACUGUGACAGAAACACACGCCCUGGCUGCAGCCAACCAGCAGAAGAACGACCGUCUUCGUGCCGCUUUCGGCAUCUCCAGCGACUAUGUGGACGGGUCGUCCUUCCACGCUGACCGCAAGGAAAAGGAGAAAGAGAAGCGGGAGCAGGAACGUCUGGAGCGGGAGAAACUGCAGCAGCAGAAAUACAUCUUGGUGGAAGAUUCAGAUGAUUCAGAUUCUCCUCCUAAGAAGCGCAGCCGGAAGAAGAAAAAGAAAAACAAGAACAGAGAAAGCAGCUCAGAAAGUUCGUCCUCAUCUCCUCGCAAAGAGAAGAAGAAAUCCAAAAAGAAGAAAAAGAAGCGGGAGGCAUCAGAGGACGAAGACGACAGUUCCUCAGAUGAGAAGCAGAAAGUGUCAAAGAAGAAAAGAAGGAGUGGAAGCUGCAGUCCUCCGAAAGUGAAGUCGGGUCGGCGCAGAAGCGUCUCCUCCAGUUCAGAUCACAGCAGCAGAUCUCCACCUCCAUCCAGAUCGCAUCCAAAGGACCAAACCGCAAAAAACACAGAAGGCAGAAAGGGGCGUUCGCCAGACAGGAGGCGCCGUGGUUCUGAGGAGCGCAGCCCACGGCGUCAAGCGGGUGACGGGAGGAGGCCCAAUCCUGAGAGGGAGAAAGAGCAACGCCGGGAGACGGAGAAGACCAAAAGGAGACAUGACUCCUCGUCCCCCUCUCCGUCUCCAGAGAAAGACAGAAACGUUGAUCAGGGGAGAGCAAGAAAAUCCAGAAGCAAACAAAGGGAGCGAGAAAAAGGGCAGACCAGGAGCAUAGACAUGGACUCAAGACAGCACUCCAGGAAUCUGGAGACAGAGAAGAGGAGGCGGUCCAGGAGCGUGGAGGUGGAGAAGAGGAGGCGGUCCAGGAGCGUGGAGGUGGAGAAGAGGAGGCGCUCCAGGAGCGUGGAGGUGGAGAAGAGGAGGCGCUCCAGGAGCGUGGAGGUGGAGAAGAGGAGGCGCUCCAGGAGCGUGGAGGUGGAGAAGAGGAGGCGCUCCAGGAGCGUGGAGGUGGAGAAGAGGAGGCGCUCCAGGAGCGUGGAGGUGGAGAAGAGGAGGCGCUCCAAGAGCGUAGAGGUGGACAAAAGAGAACAAUCUAGAAACAAUGAGAAGGGGAGGCGGUCAAAGAGUCGAGAAAUCAGAAACACAGAGAAGGAGAACGUACCUCAGAGGAUCAGACGGGAGCCCUCCUCUUCAUCUUCUUGUUCUCCUUCUCCUCCUUCUCCUCCCCCUCCUCAGCAGGAAACAAGGGGGGAAAGAAGCAGGGUCCCUGAGCGGGAAAAAGACAGGAACAAACAUAGAACGAUGAGACAUGACUCUUCGUCUCCGUCUCCUCCUCCUGAAAAGGAACAGGCACGAAGAGGAAGGAGUGUAGAUAAAGAACGUACAAGUGAGAAGGACAUUCAGUCAAAGACAAGGGGACGAAAUGAAAGAGACGUCAAAAAAGGUGAAGCUCAGCGGCAGGAUAGAGAGAGACAACCGUCUCCUCGCCAACAGAGAGGAGACAAGAUACCAGGCGGCCGGGAUUUCCCAUCGCCAAUUUUGUCCCCAUCCUGCACCAAUGGAAGCCAGAUUGAGAGGAGACAAGAAACGCACAAAGAACGAUCGACAGACAGGCAUUUGAAUAAGCAAAAGGAAGAAAGUGGUGAGAAACGUAGGAAAGAUGGCGGGCCUUCUGCAGACGGUAGAGGGGACGGGUCCAGACCUCCGGAGAAGCAGAGGAGCCCGGUGAGAGAGAAAAGACGGGAGGAGAAACUAAAACAAACAGAAAGCAGUAGCAGCAGCAGUGAUAGCGACAGUGACAGCUCCUCAUCCUCCUCUUCGUCCUCAUCCUCCUCCUCUUCAUCUUCUUCUGAGGAAGAGGAUAACGCCGAUAAAACUGCAUCACCAGAACAAGAGAGAAGCAUUCAUAGGAAAAGUGCGCCGUCGGCCAUCGGAGCUGCUGUUGAAAGGUUUCUGGCCAAUGGGAGGAAAGAAAGCGCCGCUGGUUCUGAAGGUGACGGACCCAGACGUCCCCACCGGGAACCUGGACCGGACAAACCCGAGCGUGAAAGACCACCGCUCAGAGAUCCCGCCCAGGAUCGCCCAUCUCAAGCUAAAGGACAAGAUCGGUACAGUCCCACUCAGGCGGAAAGCCGGAGUCCGUCUCCCUCUCCACCCAGGAGACCCGAAAACAACCGAGGCAGGAGGUUCUCUCCGCCUGAGGCCAGAGCUGGGGACAGGGCGAAGGACAAGGACGCUUCCAAGAGAAUCACAAGGGCCAGCCCCAAUGCUAGAAGCCCACGCUCUCCAGCCCAGAGGACCACUACCAUCCCACCAGCCGCCCGCACUCCUCCAAGGCAGUAUCAAGAACCCCCGUCCCGGUUCAGAAGAACGUCACCGCCUCCAUUCCCAUCAGACCGUGACAGGGACAAGGGACGAGAAUGGGACAGGGACAAGGGACGAGAAUGGGACAGAAUAGUCAGAAGGAGCCGGUCCAGAAGUCCUAGGCCCAGAAGUCUGAGAAGACGCAGCGGGUCUAGGCCCAGAAGUCCGAGAAGACGCAGCGGGUCUAGGCCCAGAAGUCCGAGAAGACGCAGCGGGUCUAGGCCCAGAAGUCCGAGAAGACGCAGCGGGUCUAGGCCCAGAAGUCUGAGAAGACGCAGCGGAUCUAGACCCAGAAGUCCGAGAAGACGCUAUGGCUCCAGGCCCAGAAGUCCCAGAAGGCGCAGUGGUUCUAGACCCAGAAGUCCAAGAAGGCGCAGUGGUUCUAGACCCAGAAGUCCGAGGCGACGUAGUGGGUCUAGGCUGAGAAAUCUGAGACGCCGUAGUGGUUCUAGGCCCAGAAGCCCAAGACGGCGCAGUGGGUCCAGGCCUAUAUCUAGGCCUAAAAGUCCAAGGAGACGCACUAGAUCUAGGUCCAGAAGUCCAAGGAUCCUCAGACGGCCAAGUCCCCCUAGCAGGUUCCGCCGCUCUCUGUCUCCCCAGCAGCGGCGGCGGGUCAGUCGCUCGCCCUCCACAGACAGGCAGAGAGAGCGAGAGAGGGGCCGGCAGCCAGAGAGACCACCUGCAAAGGUCGCCUCCCCGCCCCAAAGGUCGUCCUCUUCCUCCUCCUCAUCCAGCUCCAGCUCCUCCUCUUCCUCGUCUCCUUCUCCGCCGCCGGACAGGAAGGAGGUGAAGCCUCCGGCGGAGAGAGAGAGGCCGCUUCCAGACGACGGGAAGCCGGCGGGUCGCUCUUCGUCGGCUCAGGCUCCUCCCAGGGACUCCCCCCGCACCGCGGCGGCACCGGGCCGGAGAAGCUCACCAUCUGACCCGCGCCGGCCUCAUGACGCCAUCAGGAGGUCGCCGGCCGUCAGCCAAUCAGAAGGCAGGCAUCCAACGGCUGGUCUCGAAGGGAAGCAGUCGCCGCCAGCGACCAGGAAGGACACUGCUGUGAACGGGAAGGAGAAGGCCAGCAGGAGCAGCAGCUCCAGCUCCUCUUCGUCGUCCUCGUCUUCAUCAUCAUCAUCAUCAUCAUCCUCGUCAUCCUCGUCUUCAUCUUCAGACAGCUCUGACUCGGAGGCGGAGCAGGGCAAAGGGAAGCCAGAGAAAGGACGAAGCUCCCAGUCCUCCUCUUCCUCAUCCAGCGAUGAAGGGGAAGCCAAGAAAAACAGCCCUGCGCGGCCUCACCGCGUCCCGGCCGACUCUCUCAGAGAUUCCCGUUCUCUCAGUUAUUCUCCUCCCAGACACAUCCGAGCCGCUCGAUCCUCUCCUGCUCCCAGGAGCGCAGGCCGGCGGUCGCCCAGAUCCUCGUCCGGCAGCAGGCGGAGAAAAUGAGCGAUCAUCAGAAACCUUCCUCCUCCUCUUCCUCCUGCCAGCCUGGACUCCAGCACUCGUUCUGGAGAACUGCUCCUGCAGUGAUCUGUUUUAGGUUUAAAGUGGAGCGUUGCAGGCUGCAGCCGCCUCAACCUAACUGUACCUGUGCUGAAUGUCGUCCUUCCUGUAGAUAUGAGCUGUCUGUAUUUUGGUUAUUAUUAUGUAACAGGUAAACGAUUCCAUGCGAUGUGAGCAGAAACUGAAACUAGGGUAAUGUCUUUUGUUGAAAAUGAUUCAUCGUAUUAAUAAAAAGUAAUUGUAAAUUUUA